CUUAUCUCUUAAAAAAGACUAUAUAUUCUCAUUUCCUUCAUUGUCUCCCUUCUUAUAUACACCAUCCUUCAUUUCUAAUCUUUAAGUAACAACUAACAAAGUUCAUACUAUCUAGUAUUUUUCAUCAAAAGUUGGUUUACAAUAAGGAAGAAAUAAAUAUGGGAUCUGAAAUGUUGUUUUGGGGGCAUAAUAAGCAAGAGAAGAUCAUGAAUAAUAAUAAGUCAAAUUUUACGCAAACAUGUAAUCGUUUUAGCCAGUUCUUGAAAGAAAGAAGAUCUCUUGGACAUCUUGAUGCUUUUAAGACUACUCUUGCUCCAUCAGAGUUUGAAUUUAAAGGUGUUAAAGAGUUAUCUGGACCAAAGAAUACUGCAAUAAAUUUAUUCCCCAGAAAUUUGGAAAAGGAGAAGUUGUCUUUGGAGCUGUUUCCUCUGAUGAGCUCAUUGACUGCAGCUGGUGUUAAAGAGACAACCAAAACUAUGGCUGAUUGCAGAGAAUUGUCAAUUUCAGAGAACGAUGAACCUAAGAAUACCACUACACCAAGCAUGACUAUAUUCUAUGGUGGAAGAGUAUUAGUUUUCAAUGAAUUACCCGAGGACAAAGCUCGAGAAAUAAUGUCUCUAGCUAGAUGUCAAACAAUGAAUUCUUCCUCUCAUACUCAAAAUCAAACUGAAACACCAACUCAAACUCUAAGGAGUAUCAACACAUUAACAAGUUAUCUUGCACAAAAUGUGGUUCCUCAAGGAGUAUCUAGCUUGUCUGAUUUACCUAUUGCAAGACGAGUUUCCCUUCAUCGAUUCAUGGAGAAGAGGAAGCAUCGAAUCGCGGCGAAUGCACCUUAUCAACUCCAUAAUCCAUCCAUGAAAAUGGCUGAAUCUCAUCCUCACAACAUGAUGACAAGUUUGAUUGAGCAACAACAAUUGGAGUUGAAGUUAUAAGACUUAAUUAGCUUGUAGUAGCUAGACUCCAAGAAGUAGUAGUCAAAUAUCAAUUGUAAGAGGUCGUAUAUGUAUAAUUUUUUUAAAAUCUUCUUUGAUUUUGGUAUGUUUAAGUGAUUCUUCUUCCUCACUUAUUAGCUAGGUAUUUCUCUAUAUACUAUUAUAUUAUAUAUAUUUAUUCAUAUUUUUAUUGGAA